AUGAAUAAUGAACGAACUACACAUACCGCAUCAGUGUUAGCAAGUGGAAAAGUAUUAGUUACAGGUGGAUAUGAUGCUAGUAGUGCUUAUUUGAAAAGUGCGGAGUUGUAUGAUCCAUCAACAGGAACUUGGACAUCUACUGGUAGCAUGAAUCAUGUACGAGAGUGGCACACGGCAUCAGUAUUAACAAAUGGGAAAGUCUUAGUUGAUGGUGGAUCUAGUGGUAGUAGUGAUUAUUUGAACGGUGCGGAGUUGUAUGAUCCGUCAACAGAAACUUGGUCAAUUACUGGUAGCAUGAGUGAUGGUCGAAGUGAACACACAGCAACCAUUUUAACAAAUGGAAAAGUUUUAGUAACAGGGGGAUUUGGUGGUAUUGCUGGUUAUUAUAGUAGUGCUGAGCUGUAUGAUCCAUCCACAGAAACUUGGACAACUACCGGUAGCAUGAAUUUUGUAAGAAAUGGACAUACUGCAUCGAUAUUAACAAAUGGGAAAGUAUUAGUUACCGGUGGAUAUACUGGUGGUGAUUUUGUGAAUAGUGAUGAGUUAUAUGACCCAUCAACAGGAAUUUGGACAACUACUAGUAGCAUGAAUGAUGUACGAUUUCUGCACACCGCAUCCAUAUUAACAGAUGGGAAAAUAUUAGUUACUGGUGGAUCUAAUGAUAUGAAUAAUUAUUUGAAUACUACUGAAUUGUACGAUCCAUUAACAGAAACUUGGUCAAUUACUGGUAGUAUGAAUAAUUCACGGAAAGAGCAUACAGCAUCUAUAUUAACAAAUGGGAAAGUAUUAGUUACUGGUGGAGAUGGUGGUAAUGGUUAUCUGAAUAGUGCUGAAUUGUACGAUCCAUCAACAGAAACUUGGGAAACUAUUAGUAGCAUGAAUUAUGCACGAUUAGCGCACACCGCAUCCAUAUUAGUAAAUGGGAAAAUCUUAGUUACUGGUGGAUAUAGUGAUACCGAUGUUCUGAAUAGUACUGAAUUGUAUAAUACAUUAUCAACAGAGUAA